AAAUAUAAAAAAGAAGAGUACAGAGUCAAGGAGAACGAAGAAAGAAGAAAGAAAAAAGAAAAAAAAACGAAGAAGAAGAAGAAGCAGCGGCAGUGGGGGAAAAGUUGCUCCACGACAUGGUAUCGUUCAGAAACGACGGCGACAUUGUGUUUCAGUUAAGCCCAUUUGUUCUGGAUGUGUACUUGGUGGCAAAGGGUCCGACUGAAGUGUAUAUCUGGUAAACGUUGAAGAAUCAAAGUCCUUCACCGUUUGUUUGUUUUCGCCCUAUUAUCUAAUUCGAUUUCUAAAAGAGAAAAGGAAAGAAUAAAUGUCAAACUUAUGUUCAGAUGGAGGGUUUAUCCACGACAAAAGCAUGGGUUCUCGAGAAUCAUUUUUUUGUUACAUAGAGCUUUGGAGUUUCUGUAACUAUUCUUCUCAUUCCCAUUCACACAGGUUGACUCUUGUAUUUUAACAAAAUAAAAUAUUAUAUAAUCACUAAACAAUAUUUUAUUUGAACCUGAAAUUAUGGUAUGCGACAUAGUUGUAGGGUAAUGUCAAAAAUGAUUCCGUUUACAGGUUUCCUUGUAAGACCAUUCCUUAGAAAAUUGAGUCCAAGUUGGCUGCCAUUGCCGAACUUCGUGGACAGACAAGAUAAUCGUACGAGUUUCUAGUUAAAAAAUGAGGAGAGUUGUUAGCUUGUGAAACAGAAGCUAAAACAUCAUGAAGGUUUUAUGGCCAACUAGUAAUCAUGAGGAUUUAUUCAAACAAGUUUUCUUUCAAUUUCUUACUUAUUAUAUCUUAAUUAAGUUCCCAUUUGCCCUUGAAAUUUCCAGGUCAAGUCAAUUAGAAAAUUGCAGAAUAUACGUACUUGUAUAUAUUUAUUACGAUUUUAUUUUGCUACAAUUUUGUGAAGUUGGAUUUUUUUUUGAAUGUUUACGCUAUCAUGUUGAACUGGCUGUGUAGACUUCGGAAUAUAAAUUAACAGUUCAUCGGUUGGUAAGAAAAACAAUACAAUACUAUUAUUUAGUGAAGUACCUGAGGAAGAGACUAUCUUCAAAUGUUUACUACUAGUAAUUACUUACUAAUUAAGAGAACGACAAGAGUUUCCUCUGCAUCACCUGGAAGUUUCCUUUGCAUUACUUGGAAACUUCAUCUGCACACCUUUAAAAUCCAAUUUCAGCGACUCUUCGCCUUCUCCAAAUCCUGCUGGUCUCUCUUGCUCCGCCUUGUAAAGUGCCUUCAUAACUACUCAACUUUACCAGUUAUGAGUAACCGGGGGAGUCCGCAAGAGAAUGGUGAAAGUAUGAAUCGGGAAACUGAGAAUGAAGACUCAGGGAAUAUUAAUGGACCAGAACAUGAAGCUGCUGAAUUGCAACAUUCCAAUAAUGAUAAUCAUGAGGGUGAAAGAAUAACUAAAAGGAUAAUUCUUAGACAUGUAUGGAAUUAUCUCUUCCUAUUCUCUUGUGUGAUUGCAGCAAUUGUGGAUCCUCUAUUCUUUUACAUCCCUGUGAUCAAUGAUAGUAAGAGGUGCCUUUUGUUGGAAAAAAAGUUGUGGACUGCCGUUUUUGUUUUUCGGAUGGUCACCGAUGUCAUUUACCUUGUUCAUAUUGCUUUGCGGCCGUGGAUGGACUUCAAGAUCUGUGAAAAGCCUAGGUCAAAUAUUUGCUGUUCUAAUACUAACGUUUUUGCAAGUGUUCGGAGAUGCUUCUCCUUCCUAAUCGACGUUUUUGUUGUUCUUCCCGUCCCACAGGUGGUAUUUCCAUUCAUUUUUAAAGAAAUGAGAAGCACGAGACCUUCAGAAAUAAUAAAGUCACUGAACACCCUUGUGCUCUUUCAAUAUGUGCCUAGAAUUCGUCAGAUCUACCUAUCCUGGAAGAACCUUCCGAGAAAUGCUGGCAAACUUGAUGGAUGGAUUAAAGCUUUAUUCAAUUUCUUUCUGUUCAUCCUCGCCAGUCACGUAAUUGGAGCCUUUUGGUACUUUUUUUCUAUUCAACGAGAGACAGCUUGCUGGCACUUGGUCUGUGGAAAUCUAAGUGGAUGUGGAAAUUCUUUUAGUUGUGCUAACACUGACAGUUCAGUAAAUUACGCAUUCCUAGAUGAUCGUUGCCCAAUAAAUACACCAAAUACAACAAAAUUUGAUUUUGGAAUAUUUCUUGAAGCCCUUCAGUCUGGUAUUGUGCAAUCCUCAAAUCUUCCACAAAAAUUCUUUUACUGUUUCUGGUGGGGACUACGAAAUCUAAGUUCUUAUGGUCAAGGCCUUCAAACAAGCAACUAUCUCUGGGAAAGUUGCUUUUCAAUUUUUAUCUCUAUCUUGGGCUUGCUGCUAUUUUUAUAUUUCCUUAAAAAUUUGAAGACUUAUAUAAAGUUGGCAACUAAAAGCACAGACAAGAACGGCAAGACAUCCAAGGAGGAACACAAAAAUAGAAGAGGAAAGAGAGAAGAAAAAAAAGGAAGAGUAAAGAAUUGGAAAGCAAGGAAGCUGUUUCCAUGUUUCCAACCAGACUUGCACCGCAAGAAAGAAAAGUCUUCCCAGUCUAAAGGUACAAGCGAUGGGAACGAGAUGUUACCGAGUUCAUCAGCUACAUAAGUCAAUUACACCACUGCUCGUUCAAGCUGAGACCUAUGUAUCAUGUUGAUCGAGUGUGGGCUAUGGAAUAAUUCUCAACUGGAUCUUGAUCAUUUAAUAUACACUAGAAAUCGGAAAAUAAAAUUCUUUUAAUCUAUUUGAGUGUUGAAAUUUGUAUAACAAUUAUUUGCUUUUCUUUCCACCCAUAAGAUGGAUUUCACUGAAAAUGUGACUUUUUAUUAUGUUGUUAAUUUGUUAUCUACAACUUCAGUCC